AUGGCAAAAGAGUGGCGCCAGCAGAGCGCCGUCCCCAGCAGCAAGACCGUCGAAGCCUUCGAAGACAAGGGAGGGGAAGCCUACAACGACCUUCGCAUCCUAUUUCAUACCCUAGAUAGGAAGACUCUCCGAUCCCUUCUCCUGGGAACGCUGCCACACGACUUAUACGAUAAGGACUCGCCCAACUGGGAAAAUAUUUACAGGCAGAACGGACCCGGAACCUACGUAGUGGGCAUCUCGAUCGAGGAUCGCCGCGGGUCCUUCUUAAGUCGCAACGAGAUCGAGCAGAUUAUCGGUUGCCUACGAGACUACAAAACCGCCUGGGAGGCUUGGGACGAAAUAAAGGACGCGUUCAGCCAAGACCAGCUGUCCCGCGCACAGAAGUCGGCCCUGAACAAAGCUCUCGCCAUCGACAACGUGAUGCUUUUCGAUAAGGAUAAGUGGCAAGUAGGAGACGACUAUACCCAACCCAGAUGCUCAAAGGGAAAGAUUGGCAAUCUGGACGAGCUCAUAGCUAUGCUCGGCAGGCGCACGGACGCAAGUUUUGACGGGGAAGUCCACCAGCUCUCGUGUCCUGUUUAUGUCGGGUGCGGUUGUCGAGUUCCUUCGAGGUUGCUGCAGCACAAUCCCGACUACAGCAACAUGUCAGGGUCAUCCAACACCCUGAAGCUGUUAGUAUCCUGCAUACGCUACAUAGGGCUUAAACCGAUCGUUCACACUAUCCCUAUGGUCAUGGUGUGGGAGGAGUCCCAGAUCCCGCUAGCCGAGAUGCUGGUGACGGUGCUCGCACAGUCGCUAGUCACGAUCAACGGCCUCAACGUCGCCCAGCCCGGAACAUCGUCAACAUUAAUCGAUGACAACAAGACUAUAUACUUUGAAACUAAGAAGCACGUCUGGAUCGAUCGCCCGUGGUUCAUGACGAAUAUCGAGGAGUCCCUAGCCGUCCGAACGAAUAGGGAUAUAUAUUGCAACGCCCUAAAAAAGAUAGGAAGCUUCAUGUCGGAGGCCGAGCUGAGGGAAAUUAUCGCAAAAGGCGACGAGCUGAAAAAGAAGGUUAAGGAUUUUGAAGUUAAAAUAUACGAGAUGUUAAAAGCGUCUGCGGUCGAGCAAAAGGAAAUGGAGCAGAAACUUGUUGAGUUGGACCGGAUUUUCGAAGACUGA